AUGCAAGCUUCAUUGUUCUCGAAGCAGAAUAAAGUCAUUUGUGUAUCGGACGGCGCUGACGAAGUGGGCUGCGACCGGUCCCCGUGCGACGGCUUCCGCUGCUGGGACGAAGUGUGCAUCCCGGGGCCGUGGCACUGCGACGGCCACGAGGACUGUAGAGACGGCGAGGACGAGUACGGCUGCCCCGUCUGCAGCCAGGAAGCUCUCAAGUGCCCCUCUGGCGGCGGCUGCGUGUCUGUGGAUCUCACCUGCGACGGCGUGGAGGACUGUCCUGAUGGGUGGGACGAGUCUGGCGAAGUGUGCAAGAAGGACCAGUGUGGCCCAGACGAGGUGCCCUGUUGGAUGGGACAGUGCGUGGAACAUCGCCAGCUGUGUGACGGCGUUGCAGACUGUCCCACUUCAGAGGACGAAGAUUCGAGCUUCUGCCUCGCCUUCAGGUCUAUGAGGGUCGCGGCGCCUCCUCCUCCAACCAGCGCUCAGCCUUCUACGACGCCGUGUACUCCGGCGGAAGUGCGGGAGGUCAACUGCACUCAGGAGGAGUUUCGGUGUGCGAGCGGAGAGUGUGUCCUGCGCACGACCCUCUGCGACGGGAAGCGAGACUGCUGGACGGCGGACGACGAGGAGUUCCCCAUUUGCAAUUUCAUCUUCAACGUGGACGUCGCGAAGGAAAGGGUUGAGGCCAAAGGGGACGGAAGGAAGUGCGACGAAGCGACGAUGACCCUCUGUCCCUCGGGGAGAUGCGUCCCUCUCGGCGAGGCGUGCGACAGAGAAAACGAUUGCGAGGAAAACGAUCCCGAUCGAGGGGUGACUUGUGUAAAUUCGCACGAGGCGGUUACUACGGUCGCCUCUGGAGCACGCGAGAAGACUGUUACUGACGAUAUCGAUAAUGAAAUCGAAAAUGAUUUGACGAUCGACGUACCGCCUACGACAGGCAUUAUCUCACAAGAUAGUAGAGACCACCUUUAUAAACCGAACGAUGUAGAGGAUGUUGACGAAGCAGCUGGAGUGAAAAACAUCACAUCCUCAACAGCAAACAAUGAAAUCUCUGGAGCUGCUGAGAAUGAGAUAGCCGGAGGUGGAAAUGCCCUCGAGGGAGAAGCCAAGGAGAACGACCUCAACCUGGCGAGCCUCGAGGACGAUGACGCCUUCGAUGGGGUUGAGGUCAGCGUCGACGUCCUGGUGGAGGGCUCGACGCUUCCCGAAGGAAUGGACGCGAGCUUCGACGUCACGACGACCGGCGACUUCGAUGACGACGCUGAUAUGGAAGCCUCCGGUGAUGACGAGUUCACAGACGACGUCAUCGUCACCGUGUCGCCUCCUUCCGUCACUCCAACUGUCUUGGAAGUGACGACGACGCAGAAGACAGCGUUGACGGAACACGAAAGGAGAAUCAACGAGCUCGCAUACAACGACACAGACAUAAAUAGCAUAUUGGAUUACAGUGAAGAGGACGAGGAGAAUCAUAAGUCCACGUCGUACUCGUCUUCCAUGGAAUCGGACGAGAGUUCUGAGACCGAGAAGACCACUUUCGAAAUUGGUGGAAUCGGAUCCAACAUGUCGAUAGAGAAUUCCUCCUUUAUAUCCUCCAAGUCGUCGUUAUCCUCCUUGGAAAGUGGAGAAUCUGAAUUCGACGGAGAACUGCUGAAUCAGACAACUAAAAGUGUCUCGAUGCUCGAUGCAGCCUCUGCCACCACUACGGCCUCAGCUGAAGCCAGUGCCGCUGAGUCGAACAUCACCGUAAUCGAAUACGACAUUUCUUCUGAGGACAAAAUAUCCACCAGUAAUACCUCUCUUAACUCGAACCAAGACACGCUCGACGACGCUUCAACGAACGACAAAACAACCACGGAAGCUAGCGAGACUACCGCCACUUUGCAGGAGACCGCAGAAACCACAGCAGGAAGCCUUCCAUCUCCAAACACGACGUCGGAUGAGGAAGACUUGGGUUCCGGCGAAGCGGAAUCUUACGGAGAAUUCGACUCUGUCAACAAAACCACAAGUACUUCUCCGCCUGAUACUUCGGAGACGAGGCAUCCGGAGUCGACACCUGCUUCACAAACUGCUGCUUCUACUGAACAGGAUGAAUCGACGUCGAAAAUCACAUCUUCCUCAGAUGCCGAAACACAUACUUCGAGCUCUACCGUUGAGUUUUCUACUCUCAGUCCAACCGUCGAACUUCCUACACUCGGUUCGACAGCCCAGUCCUCGCCGUCAAGCUCGACUCCCGAGGCUACGACGACGACGACUUCAACCGUCACGACCUUUGCUACGGAUAUGACGAGCUGGAAGGACCAACAGACAGACCAGCAGAACCUGACGGUGCUGAUCGCCAUUCACUCGGAGAUGAACCGGAGUCGCAUUCCCCAGUACGUGAUUCACGGACUCGACGGGAACACCUACGAGUACGAGGUCGUGACGGUGGUCAAGGACGAAGAGCUGGCCAGGAAGGUCCAGCUCACGGCGACUCGGAGGCCACCCGAGGGGAAGGACAUCCACGCGUCCUCGAAGGAACCGGGGAUGCUGGAGGACGACUCGGACGGCGAGGACCCCGAGGCGGACACGAAGGUCACCAACGGCACGCACGAGAUCUCUUACCUCCAACACAACGACAUCUCCUCCGCCUCCAGCGUCUCCUCGUCCCUCGCCUCCCUCGCCACCGUGGUCCUCCUCCUCCGGACCCUGUUGCCCGCUGGCUAAGGCGCCCUCCACCGCCCCUCGGGAAAUCCAAAGGCAAGGAGCGUCACAGCCAAAGGUCCUUCGAUACUAACAAGCUCGUAAAUGGUUGGCAUUUGGUCCGCUGGAACGACCCUCCGCCGGGACAAACGAGAUCUUUAAAGCACCCUCUAAGACUAAGACCUCAACGCGCGAAAGACGUACCGUAAACCACACAGUGUGAGGACAAUGUGCACAAGGGGCCAACUAUGUCCGUAGCUCUUUAGAAAACGUCAAGGGAUACCAGAGAUAUGCAUGGAAUAGUUUCGAACAAGGCUGUCUGAAGGACUUUUUUUACGUUGGGACAGCCAUGCACUGCAUUCAAUGUUCACAAUCUACUGUUUUUUGUACCUCAGUGUCCAUCUGUAGUGUCGAAUAAAAACAUGAUGGCGUAAUAUUAAGAAACUAUGUAUGAUUAAUGAAGUAGGGUAAAGUUUGUAAUUAGCCAAUAAUCAAUAGAAGCAAGAACUCUCAUUUUUCUUCAAUUUCGCGUUGAAUUUAUGAUAGUAAUACCAAGAUUUAUAUGUUUCGAGACUCGCAAAUAUUUUCCAAACCGCAUGUUUGAUCAUACAAGCUUGUUCAUGAUUCCCUAAAGAUUUAUUCAACGAGAAUAAUUUAUAAGGAUAUAUGGUAAAAAA